AACGCAUUGCAUUAUAAUACAUGUGGAUUAUUUGUCGUGCUACAUUGAAUCGUAACUCGACUAUUUUGUGGAAUUCAAUGGGAAUGUGGGAAAUGAGAAAUACUCAAACUGUUGAACAUGCGGAUGCGGCCGCUCAGUAUUUUCUGCCUGCUUUAUGUAGUUUAGGAUGAAUAAAUGUUUCACUACGGAUUGUUCAUAAAAAAAGAAUAAAAAGAAGGUCAAACGUAGCGUUCAGAUCGUUUAUUCGCCCAUAAAUCUCAUCAGGGAUACAGAAACGAUGUUGCACUCUGUAGAAGAAAUGGGCACAAAUGUGACAGCAGGUCGAAUCCACCAUCAGCCUGUCACACCGCAUUGAUCCGACACACUGCUGGAUGGCACAGCUGAAACUCAAUUCCUAAUGAAAACAUGGAGGAACGUCCAGAGCGUCUGUGUGAUUCUCUAUCUCAUACAGCUUCUGUGGUGGCCAGUAACGGUGCCGUCGCUAACGUUCCUCAGAUGGUUGGUUGUCAGGUGACAGGAUCGGUCAACAUCAACAUCACAACACACGUGAACGCUUCAGCAGUGAACAGCGAGCAGUCUCAACAUGCAGAUUCAUCCAGAGUCCAACUCAGUGAGAGACUGAAAAUCAGUUUGAAGAAGAAGUUUGAGAGAAUACAUGAAGGUCUUGCCAAAAGAGGAAACCAGACUCUCCUGAACAGAAUUUACACACAACUUUACAUCACAGAGGGAGAAAGAGACACGGUGAACACUGAGCAUGAGGUCUGGCAGAUUGAUAACGUCAUGAAGAAACAACAUGACAGAGAAAACCCCAUCAACUGUAAUGACAUCUUCAAACCGUUAAGUGACCAAACCGGUCAUAUAAAAACAGUUCUUACUAAAGGCAUCGCUGGAAUUGGAAAAACAGUCUCUGUGCACAAGUUCAUUCUGGAUUGGGCCGAGGGAACAGCCAAUCAGGACGUAGAUUUCAUGUUCCUGCUUCCGUUUCGAGAGCUGAACUUGAUUGGAGAGCAUCGCUACAGUCUUCACAAACUUCUGCUGGACUUUCAUCCUGAACUUCAAGAUGUUGAAAACGAGAAGAUUUAUGACAAAAGUCAAGUUGUGUUUAUAUUCGACGGGCUGGACGAAAGUCAACUCAACCUGGAUUUUGAUCGUACCAGAGUCUGUGAUGUCAUUAAAACAGCCAAAGUGAACGAUCUGAUCGUCAAUCUCAUAAAAGGAAAUCUUCUUCCGUCCGCUCAGUUGUGGAUCACCUCCAGACCAGCCUCCGAGGACAAGAUUCCAGCAGAAUACAUCACGCGUGUGACAGAAAUCCAGGGAUUCGACGACGCUCAGAAGGAGGAAUAUUUCAGGAAGAGAAUCAGCGACGAGCAUCAAGCCAGCAGAAUCAUAUCCCACAUUAGAAGAGCGAGAAGCCUCCACAUCAUGUGUCACAUACCGGUCUUCUGUUGGAUCACUGCAACCGUUUUACAGAAAGUGCUGGAAACAGAACGUGAACAGAUCUCUUCCUCUCUGACUGAGAUGUACACACGCUUCCUUCUCAUCCAGAUCAAUGAAAAUAAGAGAAAAUACCUGACUGGAAUCAAACGAGAUGAUGUACGCAACCUGCACAACUCGGAUGUGGAGACUGUCCUCAAUCUUGGGCGUCUGGCCUUUGAAAACCUGUUGAAGAGCAAUCUUGUGUUCAGUAAGGAAGAGCUGAGGACGUUUGGCUUUGAUGUAAAUGAGCCGUCCGUGUGGUCGGGUGUCUGCACGCAGAUACUCACAGAGGAAGAUCCCAUGUUCUCAGAGAGCAAAUACAGCUUUGUGCACCUCAGCUUUCAAGAAUAUCUGGCGGCGCUCUUUGUGUUUCACUCAUAUGUUGUGAAGAAAGUCAAUCUACUGAAGAAGAAAGCUCCUCGAAGAAUGAGUUUUUAUGAUGACUAUUACGAUGAGUAUGAUCUACCUGGACAUGAAGACCAACAGACAGCUUCUGUGAAAGAGGAAAGCUUGCAUGACUUCCAGAGAUGUGCCGUCGACGUAGCUCUGAAGAGCACCAGCGGACAUCUGGAUCUCUUCCUGCGCUUCCUUCUCGGCAUCUCCUACGACCACUGUCAACCAAUGCUAAAGUCCUUUCAGAUAAAGGUGGACAGAGUUCAGCUCGAUAAUCAGAAGACAACAGAGUACAUCAGGACGAAGCUCAAAGAGGAAGACGAUCGUAAGACUCCGUCUGCAGAGCGAUGCAUUAACCUUCUCUUCUGUCUGAUGGAGCUCGGCGAUCACUCCAUGAUAGAAGAGAUUCAGAGGUUCCACAUGUCUGAGGUACAGAGGGGACAGAAACUGACAGCUGCCCAAUGUUCCACUCUGGCCUACAUAAUACAGAUGUCAGACGAUGUUCUGGAAGAACUGGACCUCAGUAAAUACAAGACAACAGACGAGGGCAGACAGAGACUGGUACCAGCAGUGAGGAACUGCAGAAAGGCAAUAUUAUCAGCGUGCACACUCACACAGAAAUGCUGUGAGAUCAUCACCUCUGCUCUUCUAAAGCCUCAGAACUCAGUACUGGAAGAGUUGGACAUCAGUUGGCAGUGUCUGCGUGACCUUUCACCUCUCUAUCGUGGACUGGACAGUCCCUACUGUAGACUACGGUCUCUAGACUUCAGUCAUACCAACCUGGAGAAAAGAGGGACAGAUCUUCUUCACGCCGCUCUGUUUGGACCUCAGAUUCAACUGCAGACACUAAGAGUGUUUUCGUGCGGCCUCACAGACGACUGCACCAAUACUCUGGCGUUAGCCCUCGAGUCGUCUGAAUCCAGACUGACGGAGCUCAAUGUUGGCUACAAUAACUUCACUUCAGCUGGAGCCGAGCGAAUCCUUCGAGCUCUCUUGAGUCCCAGCUGUGAGCUGAUGAAACUCUGUCUGUCCGGCUGUCAGGUUAGUGUGGAAUCCUGCAAGCUUCUGUCUUCGGCUCUGGAAGACUCAUUCCUGAUGGAUCUGGAUCUGAGCAGCAGCUGCAUUGGAGAUGCAGGACUGAAGCAGCUCUGCGCUGGAUUAUCGAGUCCUCGCUGUCAGAUGCAGAUACUGAGGCUCAGAGACUGUGCGCUCUCAGGAUCCCCGUGUCUGUAUCUGGCAGUAGCACUGAGCUGCUUCUCUGUCCUGAGAGAGCUUGAUCUGAGUAACAAUGACCUGAGGGAUUCAGGAGUGAAGCUGAUCUCUGCUGGUCUACAAAACAGUAUCCUCAGAUGCUUGGGGUUAUCAGGUUGUAUGGUGACAGAUGAAGGAUGUUGUUGUUUGGCUUCAGCUCUGAGUUCAAACCCGUCACACCUGACAGAACUCGACCUGAGCUACAAUCAUCCAGGACAUCUAGGCGUUCAACAGCUCUCUGAUAGACGUGAUGAUACACACUGUGCUCUGGAGAUACUCAGACUGGAUUAUGGUGGACCUCUUCGAAUCAUACGGGGUCUCUGGAAAUACUACCAAGAGCUCACACUGGACCCAAUGACGACGGACUCAGCUCUGACGAUGUCCAGCGACAAUAAAGGAGUUGCUCGAUUACCUGAGGGCCAUUUUCUGUCUGACGACUCUGAGUCUGAGAAAGUAAACUCCUGGCGUAUAGCGCUCUGCAGAGAAAUGCUGUCAGGCGGACGCUUCUACUGGCAGGUGGACUGGAAAGGCUUUGUUGUUACUAUAGGAGUGAAAUUCAAGACAAAAAUCAAGAGCUUUGCUCAAAAGGUUCUACACCUUUGCUGCAGCAGCGUCCAAUACGUCGCCAUGCACGAAGACAAGUCCAAGACUAGAUCGAUUGCAGCCGGUGUUAUGCCCAAGAGCAGGACAGUCGGAGUGUUUCUGGACUGCGCAGGAGGAACGCUCUCCUUCUACAGCAUCCUCCCUCAUGGUCCAGUUCACCUUCACACGUUUCACACAGCAUUCAGUGAUCCGGUGUCACCCUGCUUCCGCUUCAGUCCCACAGAUCUGGAAAUCCAACCCUCGUGGGUGAUCAUUCACACGCUAGUGCCGAGUUCUGUCGUACACACGCACAUGUUACUGAUGCCCAAAGUGAUAGAAGCAUUUGAAUGUCUGUCCUUUGACCCAAUCUCCUGUGGCUCAGCAUGGCGCUAGCAAUGCCAAAGUCAUGGUUUCGAUCCCAGGGAUGGCACAUACUCAGAAACAGUCACUUUGGAUAAAAGCGUCAGCCAAAUGCGUAAAUGAAAUGUAAAUGUAAACUGUCAAAGCAUUCCAAUUAAUAUAAAUCAAAGUGCAGCUGCUUUGUUUUGAUUUAAGCUAUGAUAACUAAAAAAGUACAGCUAACUAACACAAAAACAUGAUAACAUAAUAAAUUGAGUUUUAAAACUCAAUGUUAAUGAGUUUUUAAAAAGCUUUUAUAAUUAAAAUACCUGUUGAUUGCACAUGUAACUGUUGUAUACUUUUUUGUUCCUGGAAUGACCUUAAAAAGUCCAGUUUGCUUAACGUUGUUGGAACGUUCUUUUAUGGUUAGCGUAAUGUUCCUAUAACGUUAUUGCAACCAAAAAUGUAUUGAAAAUAUAACGUUCUAAGAACGUUUAUUUGUAACAUUAGAAGAACGUUAAAAAGUCCAGUUUGCUUAACGUUGUUGGAACGUUCUUUUAUGGUUAGCUCUUCUAAUGUUACAAAUAAACGUUCUUAGAACGUUGGAUUUUCAAUACAUUUUUGGUUGCAAGAACGUUAUAGGAACAUUUUGCUAACCAUUAAAGAACGUUCCAGCAACAUUAAGCAAACUGGACAUUUUUACGUUUUUGGAACAUUUUAAAUAACGUUCCUACAACCAAAACAGAACAUUUGGAAAACGUUCUCAGAACAUAAUUUUGUUAGCUGGGGUUUGUAUCUUGAUAACAUUUAGCUAUUAGCAAUGAAAUCAUGUUGCUGAUAACGCAAUGUAAACCUUGACUUGAUCUACUUUAGAUGGGCGGUGAUGUCAUGCUGUAAACACCAAUGAGAGUAAAGAGUUGAGAUGGCGUAAUGCGUCUCCCGCUAGACACUAUCCUGGUCAAGUUAGUUUCACUUUUCAUGUCGCCGUUGUAUCAUUUCUGACUCAUACAUGUUUCUCUGUACUUGUUUGUAUUCUGCAAUAAAACAUAAAAUACUUUUA